UAUCUUCCCAACUGGAGUUCGUUCUUUCUCUAGACCUUAUCCUCUGUAACAUCUGCCAUGGCAUCUUCAACGUCCACCCUACAUUUCCUCGCGCUCAAUACUCAAUCUCUCCCUCUUUCCAAACCAAGUCGCGCCCCCAUUUCAUUAUGCCUUUCUCCGCCCUAUCCGUCUUCGCUCAAUCGCUCUUUAUCCUUCUCCUGUUGCGUUAGACCAUUCAACUCACUGCCUUACUCUUGCGUUGUUCGAAAUGUCGCCUUCUCGGACGAGGUUGACGUGGUUGAAGAAGACGAAGAUGAGGGACUACUCGGUAUUGACGGCUCAUCGUACUCUUACUCCGACGAGCCAAGUUUCCCCCCUGAGCAGAAGCUCUUUGUAGGGAAUUUGCCCUUCGGUGUUGAAAGUGCUACUCUUGCUAGUCUGUUUGGUCAAGUAGGAAGUGUUGAGAUGGCCGAGGUUAUAUAUGACAAGCAAACUGGAAGAAGUAGAGGAUUUGGGUUUGUGACAAUGUCCACUGUUGAGGAAGUCGAAGCCGCUGUUCAACAGUUGGAUGGAUAUGAACUUGAUGGGAGGCAACUGAGGGUGAACUGUGGGCCUCCACCACCAAAAAGGGAAGGCUCGUUCAGGGGAUCCAUGGGUGGGGGAGGUUACAGUAAUAACUACAGUAAUAACUCUAAUAAGCUCCAUGUGGGGAAUCUUGCGUGGGGUGUUGAUGAUCAAGCACUUGAAACCUUGUUCAGGGAGCAAGGAAAGGUGAUGGAAGCCAAAGUCAUUUAUGACAGAGACAGUGGCAAAUCAAAGGGGUUCGGAUUUGUUACUUACAGUUCUGCCGAGGAGGUCAAUGAUGCCAUUAAAACCUUGGAUGGCGCUGACCUAAACGGAAGAUCAAUCCGUGUAAGUGUUGCUGAAUCCCGUCCCAGGCGUUUCUGAGGUUUUCAACUGUGAACCAUGAUUGGUUUAUACCCAAGGAAAGCAUGAGGAAAAGCGAUGAAGAGGCAAGGUUGAUGACUUGAUGAUGCCCUGGUUGUUUUGGAUAGCUUGUUUUAUUCAUCACCUAACUUUACAAGCCCAAGAAGUUUAAUGUUACUGUUGUUUUCAAUAUGUGUUCACUCUAGAAUUCCUCUGAAAUACUGCUGCUUCUCUUGUUUUCCAAUAAGACUGGAGUUGUGUACUAAAAAAUAUGUGAUCUAGUGUGAAAGCCCAAGCGAGCCUGUGAUCUGAGUUUUUCUUUUGCGAAGAGAAUAAGGCGUGAAAGUCAGAGUCUGUGUUCCAAUGUAAAAAAUUGAAACCUUCUGUUUGGUUCACUUCUAAGUCGCGUACGUCUUUCCAUGGUUAGUUUAAUGCGACUAAUAACAUGUUCCUUUACCUGA